GGCGCGGCGGUGGAGAAGCUGCUGGAGAAGUCGCGGAAGGUGUGCGCGAACACGCGCGUGGUGCGGGAGCGGCUGGGGGGACAGUGCGACCAGGUGCGGCGCCUCGAGCAGCAUCAUGCGCAGCUGCUGCGCCGGGAUCGCUUCAAGGUGCUCAUCUUCCAGGAGGAAAAUGAGAUCCCUGCCAGUGUUUUUGCGAAAGAGCCUAUUCCCAGCAUUACAGAAGGAAAAGAGGAGCCCUUGGAGGAAAACAAAACACUGGAAGAAACCUUGCACACAGUGGAAUUGGGUUCAGAUGACGAAAUGUUUCAUGAGGUAGAUGAAGGUGACAGUGCAGAGGAGAAAACAGAAGAAACAAGAGCUGAGAAACUCAAAAGAUCCAGCCUCAAGAAGGUAGACAGCCUCAAGAAAGCAUUUUCUCGCCAAAACAUCGAGAAGAAGAUGAACAAGUUCAGCACAAAGAUUGUGUCACCUGAACGGAGGGAAAAGAUCAAGAAAUCGCUUACUGUACAUCACCAGAAACCCUCUUCUUCAAAGAGUUCUGCUUUCAAGGUAUCUCCCCUCACAUUCAACGUGAAGAAAAGCCGUGAAGGAGAAAGCCCGGCAGAAGCUGAGGACAGACCAUCAGAAACUGCAAGCAAUGACCAAGCUGAGAAUGAGGAUGAAAUGUCCUUUGCUGACAUGCACUCCGAUAUGACACCUACCGCCUCGCUGACCGAGGAGGGCAAAGCAGUUGUCGAUUCUGUAGAGAAUGAAGGCAGAAUGGAAAGGAAAGCCAUGACGAACAACAACAUCGAGCUGUCCAUUGUUGAAGAUGACGAAGAGUAUGGGAUGCCUCUAGAAGUUUCUAGCCAGAAACUGUAUGAGGAAAGGAACAACCCGGUUGGCGGGGAAAUGGAACAAUCUGAUGAAGAAACGGCCCGAGCAGCUGUCCUGCAGGUAGACCAAACAGCGUAA